AUGAGCCCCGGUGGGUUCCGACCUACCCCUGGCCCUAUCAUUGCCAAUGCCAGAAGCGAGUCGGAUGUAUGGAUAGCUGGGGCUAGGAAGAGCAAGUCGCUAAAAGAGGCCGUCUCGGAGUAUAGAGAGCGCUAUGGUAUGCCACCUCCUCCUGGCUUCGACAAGUGGUAUAUAUUUGCAACUUCGGUCAAAUCUCCAGUAAUCGAUACAUUUGACCAAAUUCACGCUGACCUCCUCCCCUUUUGGGGCACUGUACCAUCUAUCCUUCGUCAGAGGACAACUCACCUGCUUGAGCACCCGUCACUAUCUAUGGGAGGCAUCAUCAUUGAGGGCGGCAAAAUUGAUAUAUCGCCGCACAUCCGCGGUACGCAUCGAUGGAUGAUGGAUGUUACUAAGGACAUGCUCGAACCCUUUGCACAAUGGCUCCCAAACAUGCAGCUUGCCUUCAAUCUCGAUGACGAGUGCCGCAUAUCCGUCCCCCUCGACCGCAUGAAUGCAUAUAUAGAAGAAGGAGUUAAGGCCAGGGCGAGGUUGAACGCAAAACAGAAGUUAUUGACAUUCAGCAAGGACCAGGAACCGCCCUGGCCCAAAGAUUACUUACAGGCAGACGAGAGCAUCUGGGAGGAGAAAUCACCGUGGUUCUUGGACAGAUCCAAACGACAGAUCUUUUACGAAUGGAUUUCACCAACUUGUCCUGCAGACUCUCCGGUGAAUAAGUAUCGUUGGUGGAAUAGAAAAGCAGAAUGUCUAGGCUGCUCUGCUCCGCAUAUGAAGCAUGGCUUCGUAUCCAAUUGGACGUUGUCUGGUGACUUGUGUCAUCAGCCCGACCUUGCGUAUCUGCAUGGUAUUCUACUAUCGCCGUCUGCUAUGGCACCUUCGCAUACGCUAUUCCCCGUCUUCAGCCAGAGCCGGUUAUAUAACUUUGCCGAUAUAUUAUACCCGAGUCCUUGGAACUUCGGCGAGAAGGUCGAGAUCGAGAACAAUAGAAGCAUUCCCUGGAAUCAGAAGCUGAACAGCGUGUACUGGCGUGGCGCCUCAUCUGACGGCUUUGCCAUGCAUGGUGCCUGGCAGACGUUUUUGCGGGCCAGGUUCGUCCAAAUGGCUACUAAAGCAAAAAUGUCCAUCCAGGCGAAGUCUCUCUUUAACCUAAUUCACACCCCAAGACGUAUCCUUUCCACCCCACGCUCUACCACCUCAUCAUCCCCCUCUUCCUCUCAAGGCACACCCGCCGUAGAUAAUCACCUUUCCGUCAAUGUCUCAUUCGUUGGAAAUUUUAAUCGCUGCGACGAGCGCGACUGUAAUGCUGAGCAUACCACCUUCUACGGCUCAUCCACAGCUGAACCACCACCCUCUCUCGAUUUCCAGGAGCACUGGCGUCACCGCCAUCUUAUCGACCUCGACGGUGCUGCCUUCAGUGGCCGCUUCCUGCCGUUCCUCAAAUCUGCUUCUCUGCCGUAUCGUGCAGCUCUCUUCCGCACUUGGUGGGAGGAACGUGUCCACGCUUGGAGACACUUCGUACCAUUAGACGUGCGACUUGGUGAUCUCUGGGGCGCCGUAAGCUAUUUAGGCGGUCCUGGUCUAGCUGACGCCGACGGAAUCGCGCAGGCAGGGCGGGACUGGAGCGCCCAGUCCCUUCGAAAGGAAGACAUGCAGGUUUACAUGUUUCGGUUACUGCUCGAAUGGGGACGGCUGUUAGAUGAUCGCAGGGAGGAUCUUGGAUUUGCUCUCUGA